CCCGUAGCGCAGCGGCUGAGGCGGCGCGUGCGCAGACGCGGCCCGGCCGCGGCGGGAGGAUUCUGAGCCUGCGCAGUGCGCGGCCGCGGGCUGGCCGGGGGCGCGGUUGCUAUGGAGGCGGACGGGACGUACGAGCCGGGCUUCGUGGGGAUCCGCUUCUGCCAGGAGUGCAACAACAUGCUCUACCCCAAGGAAGACAAGGAAAACAGAAUCCUGCUCUAUGCGGGUACAUUUUAUGUCUCUCUCCAUUUCCUUCCCAAGUGUCGAAACUGCGAUUACCAACAGGAAGCCGACAACAGCUGCAUCUACGUCAAUAAGAUCACCCAUGAAGUGGAUGAAUUGACACAAAUCAUUGCGGACGUUUCCCAGGACCCAACUUUGCCCCGGACAGAGGAUCACCCAUGUCAGAAGUGCGGGCACAAAGAAGCAGUAUUCUUCCAGUCUCACAGCGCAAGGGCUGAGGAUGCCAUGAGGCUGUAUUACGUAUGCACAGCUCCGCACUGCGGCCACCGCUGGACUGAAUAAAGGGGCAGCUUUUUGAGACCUGACAUCACCUCUGGCCCCUGGUUGUCAGAAACAUUUGGGCUCAGUUCUCUUCUUGGAAUAACCUCUGCUCCUGGUUCUGCCCUGGGAUCAUCUAACCGCUGUAUUUUUGUUAAUAAAAAGGUUUUAUUUUUCAAGUCA